AUGGCGUCCUCAAACAAUCCUCGCAAAUUUAGCGAAAAAAUCGCUUUGCAUAAUCAGAAACAGGCGGAGGAGACAGCUGCCUUUGAAGAAGUGAUGAAAGACUUGAACAUAACCAGGGCAGCGCGGUUGCAGUUACAGAAGACCCAGUAUUUGCAACUAGGGCAGAAUCGUGGACAGUACUAUGGAGGCUCACUGCCCAAUGUCAAUCAGAUUGGAAAUGGCAACAUUGACCUGCCUUUUCAGAACUCAGUGCUGGAUACCAGUCGGACCACCCGGCACCACGGCCUGGUGGAACGUGUUUACCGCGACCGCAACCGCAUCACUUCCCCCCAUCGCCGACCGCUAUCGGUCGACAAACAUGGGCGCCAGAUUGACAGCUGUCCCUAUGGCUCAGUUUAUCUCUCCCCCCCGCCAGACACCAGCUGGAGAAGGACAAAUUCGGACUCGGCCUUACACCAGAGCACCAUGAAUCCAAAGCCCCAGGAGGUGUUUGCAGGGGGAUCACAGGAGCUCCAGCCUAAACGAGUACUGCUGCUAACAGUGCCUGGGACGGAGGAGUCGGAGUCAAAUGCAGACGAGGACACACAGAAACAGAUGUGGGAGGACAAGAAGGAUGAUUCAUCAAAGCCCAAGGCAUGUGACGUCCCAGGAAUCAAUAUAUUCCCAUCACCAGACCAGGAAGUGAACCCGUCCGUACUCCCAGCCGCACAUAACACCGGUGGUUCAUUGCCUGACCUGACCAACAUCCAGUUCCCUCCACCACUGUCCACCCCUCUGGACCCCGAGGACACUGUGGCCUUCCCCGCCCUCAGCUCGUCCAAUAGCACGGGUAGCCUGACCACCAACCUCACCCACCUGGGCAUCAGCGCUGCCAGCCAUGGGAUCCCCACCUCCUCUCAGCCCACCAUGACAGUAACAGCACAGCGCCGGCAGCCGGCUGUGGUGCCUCUGACCCUCAGUGCUGACCUCCAUCUCCAGCAGUCGCCACAGCAACUCUCCCCCACAUUGUCCUCACCUGUUAAUAUCACCCAGGCAAUGCCAAUGGAGGCCUUGACCCUGGAGCAGCAGCUCGCCCAGUACCCCCUGUUCAACCAGCUGACAGCUCAGGCUCAGGCUCAGCUGCUCAGUGACCUCCAGAAGCAGCAGCAGGCCCUGCCACAGGGCAUCCGGCUCAUCACCUUGCCCUCCCCGGUCUCCACUGCUACGGCCACAGCCACCGUCACCAACUCCUCCCCAGAAAACCAGAGCCAGACCCCAGGCAGCAUCAACGUCAGUUCGUACCGCAAUCAGACUGGCUCACCAGCCAAUCAGUCUCCAACCUCCCCUGUCUCCAAUCAAGGCUUCUCCCCUGGCGGCUCGCCUCAACACAUGCCUGUGGUGGGCAGUAUAUUUGGUGAUUCCUUCUACGAUCAGCAGUUGGCAUCAAGACAGACCAACGCUCUUUCUCACCAGCUGGAACAGUUCAACAUGAUCGAGAACCCCAUCAGCUCCACCAGCCUUUACAACCAGUGCUCCACCCUCAACUACACACAGGCAGCCAUGAUGGGCCUGACUGGGAGCAGCCUGCAAGACUCUCAGCAGCUCGGUUACAGUAGCCAUGGCAACAUCCCCAACAUCAUCCUAACAGUCACAGGAGAGUCUCCCCCCAGCCUCUCCAAAGAGCUGACCAACUCCCUGGCAGGCGUCGGCGACGUCAGCUUCGACGCAGACUCUCAGUUCCCGUUGGACGAGCUGAAGAUCGACCCCCUCACCUUGGAUGGACUGCACAUGCUCAAUGACCCCGACAUGGUGCUCGCCGACCCCGCCACCGAGGACACCUUCAGGAUGGACAGGCUGUAACGUGGAUCGCUGACCAUGGCCAAGAAUAACAAGAAGUUAUUUAAAAAAACACACACACACACAAACUGGGGAAUGGAGAAAACAAAGGGCGGGGCGAUACCUCUCCCUCGUUGCAUGGCCGUUCAGCUGUCCGACCUCGCCCUCGACUCCAUAAAGCCCUUUCGAAACGAUGCGCCGCCAAAAGACCACAGGGAAAAGAGACAUCAGCGGCUUGCUGGGGAAUGGCCUCGCUGUCGUCUUGAAUGAGAUUGGUCGCUCAGCGCUUUCGCUAGCCUGCUGUGUUUACAGUGUAACAUUACAUGCCACAUAUAUUCCAACAACGCACAUUUGACUUUAUUUUUUCUUUUCAUAUCCACUUAAAAUUACCUUUUUAUUUAUAUUUGCUCGUAGCAGGAAGCUGCUCGGACAGUGGGCUAAACCGUACCCAUCAUAAAUGCUGUGUUCCAAAAAAAAAAAAAAAAGAAGAAGAAGAAAAGUCCAAAAUACCACAGCCAAGUUGCUUCUACCCUGCAGUCAAAGGAAUCGGUUUUCCCAUUACACCAUGACGGCUUUCUCUUUCACACUCGAAGCUUUAUUUUUGACAACCAAAUGUUGAUAUUUUCAUCAUGUACUGUAUGUUUUAAUGCUUUAUGUAUUUAUAUGUCUUAUUUAUCUAUUUAUUUUGGUUGAAGAUUUUAUAUUUCAUUUCCUAAUUUAAGUUUGAUGCCAAAAUGCUCUGUAGUCAUAGUGUGAAAUUGCACUGAUGUAUUUUGUGUCUAUUUAUUAAUUACCGACAUAUUUAUAUAUGUGUUUGUUAAGCUACUUGGUUAAUGAAGGAGUGCAAAACCUCCCCAUAGUUGCUCUUAGGCGUUCAGUGUGCCAUUCUCCGAUGUAGGACUUGGUAGAUGUUGCCAUGUUGCAGCCCAGUACAAAUGGUCAAAUCCAAACACAUUAGCUUUUAGCAGCAGUCCAGAACAUGCCGUGUGCUCCAGAAAUGGGUUAGGUUCCACUUUAAUUCACCUUUCCUGAGAAAAUCGUCAGGUAUUUCUAUUUACCAAGCUUGGUACAUGAAGCAAAAGAAAGAAAAAACAUUUAAAUUCCUCUUCUGCCAGUGAAAAGCCAAUAUGUCCAGACUUUCAAAGAAGGAAGCUGGCUAUUUUUCAACCAGAAAACGCUAAAAUAUUCAAUCUUUGAAGUCGUCACUGUGAAAUCACCUGAUUUUGCCUUACAUGAGUAUUCUACUGUUCUACUUUAGUGUCUAAUGUGACAAUGUAUUUUCGUAACUUAUCGUAACAUUUUCUUGUAUUUGAAAGGAACUUAACUUUUGGUCAGUGAUAUUUGUGGUUAUGUAGUGUAAGGUUUGACAAAUCAAUGUACUGUAUUUUGUACCGGUACAGUUUAUAGCCAAAUUCUUCAUGUUUUAUAAGCGGGGAGGGAGGGGGAAGCGGGGGGGCUCCAAAAGUUGGGUUCAAAGUGUUCGAGAGAGAGAGUGCAAAUAUGGGGAGGCUUUUCGCUCCUUGACAGGGAAGCUCUAACAAAAAUGCGAUCGAAAAGAUUUUUUUGACCUUUGCCUCAAGGGCUGAGUAUCAAAAAAGCAAAACCUUUCAGUACCAUCACAUACAAACGCUGAUGAUGAAUCUUUGGGUGCUGAAUGAUUUCAAAGCUUCCAGAUGUUUGUUUCAUAUAAUGGGAACUCAGAGUUACUUCUCGUUAAUAGAUAUUUUUAUGGAAAGUUCGGUCUCGUCCGGUUCUGUUUAGACAAGUGGAUGGGGUGCAGAAAGUUUAAAGAAUAAUUUACUCUAAAAGUUUAAAAAUCAGUACUGAGACAUCUUCAAUACUGAUUGCUACAUACUAUUCUCCAAAUUUCUAUAGACAAAGUUUUGAUAUUUUAAAAGUACUGACUUUUGACACGAGUAGCUGCCCCCUUCCAUUCCAUGUGGUAAACGGCAAAAACGCUUACUAAACUUGCUGUUACGCAAUCAGGGAGGCAGUCGAGUCUAAAAUUGCCUACGCCACCUUUUCAGCGGCGACUUAGAGUUUACACAGGUUUUAUCUGAGAGAUUGAUCCACAUUGAAAUCACUUCACACUGCAGCCGUGACACGAUCCCUGCCGAGUCAAGGGGCACCCAACCGCCGAGCCAAAACGUAGAGCAAAUCAUCGCCACUCAAAAUAUGGUGCAAAACAAUCUGCCGUGGCCUUUUGUCAGAGUUUCCCUGGGAACCGGUCCCGGAUCUGCGGGAUCACGUUUGGUAUACUGUAAUGUUUAUGUACAGAUGUGCUAAUCAUUUGCUUACCCGAAGCCCUGUUGGGAAAGGCUCCCGGCACCCCGAAAGAGAAAAAAAAAAAAAAAAAGGAAUCACGGUUGGUUUAUUUCAAACCUCUACAGAUCUACAACUUUUUUAUUUUUAUUUGUUCAUUGUCUACUGUACUCGUCCAUCAAAGGUUUUGUUUGCCUUCAGCAGAUUUGUGAUUCCUAUGCAAAUGAGGUUAAAAAAAAAAAAAAAAAAAUCUGACCCUUAAAGGCAAAAUCCACCCUUGAAGCGUCACUCUGAGGAAUACACAGCUUCUGUUCUCCACCUUACCUCUAUAGGUCUGCUCCACUUUGCUUUUUAUGACAGUUCCCAGAAUGCAGCUGCACCACUUCUUCAAAAAUCUCGUGGCCGCAUCACAUUCUGGUCUUUGUCCCGCUACUGUGGUGAAGAAAUUGGUGCCUCUUUUCCGAUGGAUUUCUCCCUGUAUGAUUGUCGGGACACGAUGGCGGCUACAGGCCCGACAUCGAAGCCUGAUGUUGACUGUAUUGACGUUUUAGGUCACUGAAACAUUUUCCGCCAUCAAAAUCUCCACUGGAGACGCAGCAAAUACGUGGACGUGACAUCAGACGGAAAAUAAACCAAAUGACUACACGUACCCAGAAAUGCAAAGUACAUCACCAAUUAGUGUUCAUGCGCUAUAGGGUGGGUUUUUCCUUUAAGUGACAGAAACCAAUGUAUAGAAUGCAUUCUAUAGAUUAUCUUCUAACAGUAUCCAUCUGUUUUUACUCCUCGUGUAUCGUUGGAGCCAGACGUCAGUGGCGCUCUCUUGCCUUUGGCUCGCUCUUCCCCCCGUUCAUUUGCUCCCCUUUCCUUGAUCACGUCGAGCAGUCGUUCACAUGAACCUUGUACAUAACGCUAUAGCUGAAACAAAAUGCAUGACUAAACUGACAGUCCGGACCUCUGAAUGAAGGCCUUCUAUAGCUGCGCGGGUUUGACACAUGUAAGAUAACGCUACCACGGAGUCUGAAGGGAUGCAUGUAUGGGUUUCUCCUGUGCAAGAGCUAACUCCGUUUUUUUUCUCGUUCGAAGUGACUCUGUUACCUCCAUCUCUGCAUAAUGCUAAUUCACGGAUGAUCAAAAGAAUGUAUUUUGUGUGGCAGUGUCCUGGGUUUAGCCUGUUAACGCCAAAUGACCUGACCUUUGAUUUUUUUUUUCGGCCUCCCCCUCAUGGUUGUGCAGGACUUGACUCAUUUGCUGCUCAAGUUGUCCGCUCCGCCCCGGGAAUUCAGCCUGUUGCUUGUUCCUCCCUCUUUCUUUCUCUCUCUCUCUCUCCUCCCGCUGUAGCAUCUCAUCACAUACAAGCGUAAACGGUCGUUUUCUCGUCCCAAAAACGAAGCCCACUGGUGAUCCGGCCCCCUCGUCUUAAGUCAGCACAACCUCCCGCUUUCCCUCCCACUUGAAAAUGGAAGCACGUUCUCUGUCGCUAUCAGUCGAGGAUUGGCAUUUGCACUGACCGUUUGCAUACACGUGGACUUGAAGCAGAUCUUCUGAAGCUCUAACGUCACACCGUCGACCGCAUGACACGACAGAUGCGCCCCGCAGAUUCCGAUCCCAUGUUCUGUGUAGGACUUUGAUCUAGCUAUGCUCAAGUGGAGUGUUUUUCAAGACAUCAGAUAUGAUUGUUUUUUUUUUGUUUUGUUGUUGCCUAUCAUGUCAGGUUUUGGACUGGGUAAAGAGUAAUUCUGUUAGUUCUUUUUUUGGUUGUUGUUUUUUUUGGUUUCAUUUACUUAUUGUGCAAUGUUUAGUCUGCUAGUUGCUUUGCACUUUAUUUGUGACUUCCUGUUGUUGGAACAGGGACUGUUCUGCCCUAUGUGAAUGCUGACUGUUUCACACCAGAUGUAUACUCCGGAGAUAUUUUCAUGUUGAAGAAAAGAAAAUGUAUUCUCUAUUUUCCUUUGUAAACUAUAUUUUGGCUUGUCUUGUUUUUUAUCUGUGAAGAUUUUGGGGGAUGCAAAACUAGAAAGGGCUUACUCCAGUGCAGCUUGUGCUCUUGUGUUGGAAAGGAAUGGCGCUUCGAAUGUAUUUAUUUGUUGCAUAUUUUUCGCCCCCGUGAGAGAUCACAUUGGAUUUGAAAAUGCUGAUGUCAAGAUUGACAGUAGAUGUGAGGUAAUAUUCAAGUGCCAAGUCAAAAUGCACCUUGGAUGAAGUGCUGAGCAUCUUGACUCUGUCUGCUGCCACUCCCAGAGCACCACACAGUGCUGCGACACAGUCUCACAGUAUUUUAUGAAAUGAGCAUAAAACCUAAAAUGCAGAGUAUGUUUUGGAUGCAAAUAACAUAAAUCUCACAUUAGCAAAGUUCCCUAAAGGUUGGGGUUAAGUUUAGGCAGCUCAAACAGGUUAGGGUCGGGUUAGUAAAGGGUUGUUUUGGUCACAGUUACGCCUGAAUGAAGGAGAAGAUCUCUCCCAGCAGGAAAGCUUUCAUGAGUCAGAAAUUGAAGCUCAUUAUUUGAAGGUAAAUGUCUCCGUCCACCACCCAGACCCUCACUUUCCUCAGAGCCGUUUGAGUGCCACUGUACUUCCUGUUUGUAAUCCUGUCCUGCUAGGGACAUUUCUCCGUUUUCACAGAUGCUGCCUGUAUUUUGAGACAUGCUGAUUUCACAAAAUUCUGUGAGACCACACUCAACACUGAUUGGGGAAGACACCAAGUAGAGGCCGUUCACGCUCAUGCAUGGGAGCCUGAUGGCCGUCUCCCAGUUAGAUGAGAGGGGCAGAUCACCUCAAAAUAUACUUUCUACGCAAAGGCCACAAGAAUAGUCUUGCAACUCAACACCGCUGGUGUGGUUGCACUAUUUUAUCUUCUGUUGGGCUACACUGAGACAGCGCUCAACGCAGCGCAUUUCUUUAUCAAGAACUAAACAGCAGUGUUGUCCCAAACCUAAAAUGGAUACACUCAAACGACAAACGAGUACUGUAUUGAAAGGUUCUAAAGUUAGGUGGAAAGAGUUCUUGCUGCGUAUUCCCUGAGGAUUUUAGAACUGAAUAAAAUGUCCCUUUAAUAACAUGGGGUUUUCUAAAUGACGCUACAAUCCACUGAAAUAUGUAUAAGGCCCUGGAAAACACUUUGUUUCAGUUGAAAGCUUAUAGUGAGAAUAGCAUUAUCACUGUUGUCCUGUAAGUCCUAGUAAAAGAUCUGUAGUAUUUAUUCGUUGCUGUGUGAUUCUUCUUAUGUGAAUCAUUUGUUUAUAAGAUAAAAGAUAAUGUCAAUUAAAUCGAAUGUGGAAGACAGAUUUUUCUCUGUACAUAGUCUUGAUUCGCAGAAUAUACUUAUUAAAACUGUCCAGUGUCAUUUUGCAACAUCACGGUGUGGUGAAUGUGGACGUGCAUGGUGUUCCAAGCCUGUUGUAUAUUGUCUUUGUUAUCGUUUAUACUUUGUAAUCUGUAUUUCCAUAUGCAUUUUUAAAGGAUUAUUUUGAAUAUGUG